AUGGCGAGGUUUCAGCCAGAGGAAGGUGACCGUUUCACCGCCAUCUCUGGCACCCCGGGCAUUGAGCGUGGAGAGGCUUACGAGAAUUUGAUAAGAGAUCGUCUGGAGACUCAACAUGACCCAGUUUGGCGCACGGUGAAGUUGCCGGACAACCUCAAUGUUGACGAAAAUACAACGAACCGGCUGGAAGGCCUGCAUCGCCAUGUGGUCAAGGUUUUCAUUGAGAGCGCGGGGGAGGAGACGUGGCAAAAGGUGACUCGAGGACAACAAAGACAGACGGGACACGAUCCUCUUCGCCAGGGCAGCUGUGAUCUGGUCGUGAUGCAAAGCAUGGACAUUGUGCAGAUGCUGAAGCAGCAAGCGCGGCCCCUCUUUGGGGGGCAAACGUGGGAAGCGGCUCCAGACCGUCCUGCACUGAUCGAGGUCACUUUCUGUUCUGCGCUGAUUUGGCUGAAGGUGUACCAACUUGAAAGAUUCCUGACGCUGGUUUUAUGCAUGGGCGGGGUUGCAAUCGAAGUUGUCUCAGCAGGUGUGAUCAUCAAUGGUCAGCCCCUCACCUGCGAGUGGGCAGAAGGAUUGCAGCACUUCCCAAAAAAUGGCCCAGUGCGGACGCUUGUGGAAAUGGGGAGGUUCCACAUAGUGCACAUGCCAAUGGCACGAGUAGAUGAAGUCGACAGGAUCUUCGAAAAGCUGGACACCAAAACUCAAGAGCUGGACACCAAAACUCAAGAGCUGGACACCAAAACUCAAGAGCUGGACACCAAAACUCAAGAGCUGGACACCAAAAUUCAAGAACUGACCUCUGCUCGCUCGGAGCUCGUUCUGCGUGGCUGGGUCAUUGCUGGAGUUGCUUGCCUCGCUGUUCUGAGUGUAGUCAUAAACAUAUGUCUUCUCCUACCAAUGAGCUCUCCUGGACAGGAGCUGUGA